AUGGAGAAGGAAGCGGCAGCAUGGGCGACGGCGGCGGCUGCAGCACGGGCGCCCGAAUCCCAUGGGACCGCAGGGAAGUGGGCAAGGAGCAGCGAUUGCGACGAGACCGCCGGCGAUUUCAUCAGCAGGCUCCCCGACGACAUCCUCGGCACCAUCAUCUCCCUCCUCCCCACCAAGGACGGCGGCCGCACCCAGGCCCUCUCCCGCCGUUGGCGCCACCUGUGGCUCUCCGCGCCUCUCAACCUCGAGGUCCGCAACCGUCCACCCCGGUACUUCCCCGGCGUCCCCGUCCUCACCUCCAUUGUCCCCCGCGCCGCCAUCUCAGAGAUACUCUCCCGACACCCAGGCCCUACCCGCCGAUUGUACAUAAACUGCCCCCGCUCCGGGUUCCUGUUUUUCCGGGCGCAGGAGUGGUUUCAAUCCCGAGCCCUCGCCAACCUCCAAGAGCUGGAUAUAAGCCACGCCUACUGCCCGCUGCUGGAAAUAGUGCUCCGCUCUGCAUCCACCAUCCUCGUUGCCAAGAUUAGCCAUUGUGAUCCCCCUGGCAAGAAGCUCACCCUGUUUUUAGUUUCCAUCAUAGCGGAUGCCUUCCACAGACUGCUCUCUGGCUGCCAUGCCUUGGAGAGCUUAUACAUGGCCGAAGUUCGUGCUGCGGGUUGCCUCCAUGUCAGCUCGCCUACUAUUACGACCAUCAUCUUCCGUCAUAGCUCUAGUGAAAAAACGGAACUGGUCAUCGAAGAUGCUCCCUGCCUUCUAAGGUUACUGUUAACUGAUUGUAAGAGAGAUGAUUGUGUCACUGUCAGGGUGAUUAGUGCGCCUAAUCUGAAGAUAUUGGGCCCUUUCUUGGUUGUGGCCUCCAAGCUCCUACUCUUCCAGGGAAUAAACUCAAUCAGCUCCACAAACUCGAUGCGCACCUUGAAGGUUUUGGCUCUCAAGCCUUCUGGAGAUAAAUUGCUUGCAACUCUUAACAUCCUUAGGUGGUUCCCCUGUUUGGAAAAGCUCUGUAUUAUUUUUCAUAAACACUAUGAGAUGCAUGAGGAAAAUGAGCCUCAGUAUGACCCACUGUAUCCAAUCGAAUUCCUUGAGUCCCAUCUCAAAAAAGUGGUGUUUAAGUCAUUCCAGGGCUAUAGGAGACAGGUUGAAUUUGCCAGGUUCUUUGUAUUGAAUGCAAAGGUGCUGCUGCAAGUGGAAAACAGAGCUUCUCGACAUGCUCGGUUUGAAUUCAGGACUACAUCCAUGCCCAUAAACAUGUCCAUGAUUUCUCAGUGGUUGAACCCCUUCAGACCCAUACACAGGGUUGGUGCCUGA